ACUCGGAAAAGCGCCGAUUGGUUGGCCAAGGAGAUGAGCCAUGAUGGUCACCAAGUCGCCAUCCUGACGGCGGAGUUGAUGGUCGCCCAACGUGCCAACGUCAUCCAACGUUUCCGUGACGGGAAGGAGAAAGUUCUCAUCGCCACCAACGUCUGCGCCAGAGGGAUCGACGUGCAACAAGUCACCAUUGUGGUGAACUUCAACCUUCCCACCGACCAGACGGGCAGACCGGAUUUCGAGACGUAUCUGCACCGAAUCGGCAGGACGGGGCGCUUCGGGAAGAAGGGCGUGGCCUUCAGCAUGGUGGAAACCCGCCAGGUCCAGCUGGUGAAGAUGAUCGAGGAGCAUUUCCAAACCAAAAUCAAGGAGCUGGAUCCGGAUGAUAUGGAUGAGCUGGAGAAGCUUGAAAAUUGA